AUGUUAGGCAUCGAUUUGGACUUUCAACGCCACAAAUGGGCCAUAAUUUACUGCUCCAUCUCUGCAGUGGGUGCAUUCGUCUUCGGCUACGACAACACCUAUUACAGUGGAAUUCUGGGCAUGCAGCAGUUCAAAAAUGACUAUGGCAAUCAUUACGAAAAUGGGGCCAAAGCCCUUGCGACCGACUUCCAAUCUCUUACAACAUCAAGUAUCUAUAUCGGAGAUAUGUUUGGCGCACUUAUAUCUGGCCCACUAAAUGAUUGGUUCGGGCGAAAAACAGUGAUGUGGAUUGCUGCACUUUUUGUCCUGGCUGGGGGAAUUACUCAGGUCGCCGACACAAACAUCAUGGGAGUUAUUGUUAUGGGGCGUAUUCUCAUUGGGCUUGGUGUUGGAAACUUCACCGUGACUUCGCUUCUCUAUAUGGGGGAAAUUGCCCCUAUCGAGAUCCGAAGCCCAGCGCUCUACAUGUAUCAGUUCCUUCAAUCUUGCUCGCAGCUCGUCGCAUCUGGCCUCACGCAAGGCACAAACUCGAUCGAAUCUUCGCUUUCCUACAAGCUCCCUAUGGGCGGCCUCGUCAUCCUUCCCCUCGCGGCAUUCAUACUCCUCCCUUUCAUCCCGGAGAGUCCAACAUGGUUCAUAUCCAGAGAUAACAAAGACAAAGCCGAAAUGUCACUUCGUAAAAUCCAUAAAAAUGACCCAAGCUACGACCCCACCUCUGACAUCGAACUCCUCGAGCGUGAACGCGAACACGAAGAGGAACAGCUAAGCGCCUCCUCUUGGAGGUCUCUCAUCCUAGACCCCAUUGAGCGCAAGAAACUUCUAUGGGCAGCAGGAGGCAUGUACGCACAGCAAAUAUAUGGCAUUAUCUUCUUCUACAACUAUGGGGUCGUCUUUGCCGAAGAAAUAGGCGUCUCCCAGCCUUUCACAAUUACCCUUAUAACAAUGAUUCUGCAGAUCAUCGCCGUCGCUGUGUCCGUAAUAACAGCCAAUAAGCUGAAGCGUCGCACAAACCUCCUCAUCAGCACCUCUUUGAUUUUCUUCGCCUUUAUAGUAAUAGGCGCUAUUGGAACACAGAAAGAGCUCUCCACGGCAUCCAAAUACGUCAUCGUGGUUUUUUCUUAUGUCGUUAUCUGCGCCUAUAAUUUUGGUCAGGGACCUUUGACCUACGCCAUCACGCGGGAACUCUCAGUUGGUGUUAAUCAGAAUAAGAUUAUCUCCGUCUCUGUCGUGGCACUUUACUUUUUUCUGUGGGUCAUUUCGUUCACGGCGCCGUAUCUGUAUACUGAUGCGGGACUGGGGCCGAUGGUGGGUUUUGUGUAUGCGGGGACAACACUUACGUCCCUUGCUUGGGUUUGGUUUUGUGUUGGUGAGACUCAGGGGAGGACGCAGAUGGAGAUUUCGAUGUUCUUCACGGAGGGUGUGCCGGCUCGAAAGUGGGAAAAUCACGUUUUUGCGGAUCUUGCGCUAGGUUCAUCCAAGGGGGAAGAAGUUUUUGUUGAGAAGGGCGAUGCUCAGCAUGUUGAAGAAUCAGUUUCGGCGUGA